GGGCUCGAAGACCUCUGGCCUGGAAUCCUGCAUCAGCGGGGAGGGCUCCAUGGUCAAUUCCAAGUAUGCAGGAGUUCAAUGCAAGCUUCAACAACAGUUUCCUCGAGAUGUCGCAACAUGUCGCAAAGCUACCCAGAAUUAGGGACGGGCCGCUAGGCGAUCGACACCGAUGACAUAGCCCCACCUACACUCACAUGCGCGUCUUGAUCCCUAGGUACCACGUUGUAAAGACUCUGCGACUGGGUUCAAUAGGGCACAGUUGCAGUAGGGAGGUGUGUCUUGUCACAUCGUCACAUUCCUAGCAAACAUGUCACAACUACCACCCCUCAUCCUCGCCAUCUCCGGCCCCUCCUCCUCUGGAAAGACAACCCUCUCCCGCCUCUUGCGCUCCCUUUCACCGGCGCAGACAUCGAUUUUGCACCUGGACGACUUCUACUUGCCCGACACUUCGAUUCCCGUCAAAAAUGGAAUUCAAGAUUGGGACUGCCUAGAGUCACUCGACCUGCCUCUUCUUGAAAAAGCGCUGCACACGAUAAAAAGCACGGGGCAAACACCUGAUUGGCUGGUUAGCAAAGAAGAUCAGAACAGUGUCGGCGAGCAUGGGGUGCCAGAAGCCGUCAUACAGGAGGUGAGACAAAGGGUCAAAGAGUGGGGAGGAAGAAGAAUACAUAUCAUCGAUGGCUUCCUGCUGUUUUCCCGUUCAAUGCCGCAAAUACAACCUCUCUUCGACAUCAAACUCUUCCUUCGCACCUCUUACUCCACAGCAAAGGCCCGCCGGGAAGCACGUAGCGGAUACGUCACUUUGGAAGGUUUUUGGGCGGAUCCACCAGGCUAUGUAGAUGCAGUCGUAUGGCCCAACUAUGUAGCGGAUCACCAGUUUCUGUUCCGCAAUGGACAGGUCGACGACGAGUUGGAUGAAGAGGUUUGUGGUGAGAUGGGCAUUUGGGGGAUGCCGAGAGACGCCGAAGAGAACAUGGAAAAGUGUUUCAGGUGGGCAGUUGAAGUCUUAGAGGGGGCCACUCAGAAAUCAUGACGUCGCAGGAUGGUCAAUGAAAGCAAGAAGAUGAAUUAUAGACUGGAUUAACGCUCGUGCUUGGAGUUGUUACGCUUUUGCCCAGGUUGCUAGAAAGCUCGAACGAGUACGCAAGACCAAGGAAGAUAAUGUCCGCCGAGGUCGAAUAUGACUAAAUAAACAAGCAA